AUGGCGGUGUUGGUAACGCAGUGCUGGCAGCGGGGGGCAGUGGAGGUGCUGCCGGCCCUGUUGGGCCCCGAGGAGAGCCGCGAGAUGGUGGAGCAGGUGAGCGGGCAGCAGAUUCCUUAUUCUGGUUUAAUAGAAUGCAAUAAAUUUAAUGACUGUCUUACAAGUGAAAUAAUUACAUUUAUCCCCCCCCUUUUUUUUUUUUUACUUUGUUUCAGGUUUCCCCUCAAAAAACCUAUAAGGCAUGGAAGUGUUUUGAACCGAGAGUCACCAGCUGAUAAGAAGCAGAGAGUUGAGCGCAGUGCAUCACAUGAUUUUGACCCCACAGAUAGCUCCUCCAAGAAGACAAAGUCUAGUUCAGAGGAGAGUAGAUCCGAGAUCUAUGGUCUUGUUCAGCGCUGUGUGAUCAUCCAGAAGGGUGACAAUGGAUUUGGGCUGACGGUCAGUGGAGACAACCCAGUCUUCGUACAGUCUGUCAAAGAAGAUGGAGCAGCCAUGCGGGCUGGAGUACAGACAGGUGAUCGAAUCAUCAAGGUGAAUGGGACUCUGGUGACCCAUUCCAACCAUUUGGAGGUGGUCAAGUUAAUCAAAUCUGGUUCCUAUGUAGCUCUCACUGUUCAGGGACGCCCCCCGGGGAUGCCCCAGAUCCCACUUGCUGAUUCUGAAGGAGAGCCGUCAGUCACUGGACACAUGUCUCCUAUCAUGACAUCUCCUCACUCACCGGGAGCAUCUGGGAAUAUGGAGAGAAUUACUAGUCCUGUGCUCAUGGGGGAGGAAAACAAUGUGGUUCAUAACCAGAAAGUAGAAAUUCUGAGAAAAAUGUUACAGAAAGAACAGGAACGGCUGCAGUUGUUGCAGGAAGAUUACAAUCGAGCACCUACCCCUAAGUUGCUAAAAGAGAUCCAAGAGGCCAAGAAACUCCUCCCUCAGCUGCAGGAGCAGCUCUCCAAAGCCGCAGGCCCCGCGCAGGACGGAGCUGUACUUACAUCCUCCAAGCCUUGCAGUGACACACACGCAGUCAGUGAGGUGGGAGCAGACCCUGGUGACGGACUAGGCAGAGCUGACUGUAGCAGCGGAGAUGCAUCGUGGCCCAGCAGUGACAAUGCAGAGAGUCCUAAGAGCGGCCUGAAAGAGAGGGUUUAUCUAGAGGAAAACAUGGAGAAAAAUGAAGUAAUUCAGGACACUGACACUGAGUCACUUAUUGGGAGCCCCGCAACCCGCACAGCACCUCACAUUAUUGGAGCAGAGGAUGAUGAUUUUGGUACUGAACAUGAACAGAUCAAUGGGCAGUGCAGCUGCUUCCAGAGCAUCGAACUGCUGAAAUCGCGCCCUGCUCACUUGGCUGUGUUUUUACACCAUGUAGUUUCACAGUUUGACCCUGCGACAUUGCUCUGUUAUCUCUAUUCAGACCUUUAUAAACAAACCAAUUCCAAGGAGACUCGUCGUAUCUUCCUUGAGUUUCAUCAAUUCUUCCUGGAUCGAUCUGCACACUUGAAAGUUUCUGUUCCUGAUGAAAUAUCAGUAGAUCUAGAAAAAAGAAGACCUGAGCUUAUUCCUGAGGAUCUCCAUCGCCACUAUAUCCACACUAUGCAGGAACGGGUGCACCCUGAGAUUCAGAGGCACUUGGAGGAUUUCCGGCAGAAAAGGAGCAUGGGGCUGACCUUGGCUGAAAGUGAACUGACCAAACUUGACGUCGAGAGAGACAAGGACCGGGUCACCUUGGAGAAGGAGCGGGCGUGCGCAGAGCAGAUCGUGGCCAAAAUUGAAGAAGUGUUGAUGACUGCUCAGGCUAUAGAAGAAGAUAAGAGUUCAACAAUGCAGUAUGUUAUUUUCAUGUACAUGAAGCAUUUGGGAGUAAAAGUGAAAGAGCCUCGGAAUUUGGAGCAUAAGCGGGGUCGGAUUGGGUUCCUCCCGAAAAUCAAGCAAAGUAUGAAGAAAGAGAGGGAAGGCGAAGAAAAGGGGAAGCGAAGGGGAUUCUCCAGCAUCCUGGGGCCCCCACGGAGGCCCAGCCGUCCUGACAACAGUGCAAUUGGCAGAGCCAUGGAGCUACAGAAGCCGCGCCACCCUAAGCACUCACCCCCACCCCCACCUGUGAGCCCCGAGCCCCAGGAUGCUGCUAAGUCGCGCCAGAGCGGGCCAGCAAGUGACGGAGCUGACGCUGGGUGCCUGCCUGCCGGCUCCGUGUCCUCGGUGGCUUCAGUGGCCACUCUCUCCCAGGACGGAGGGAAAGAGAAUGAUAUGGGAUCCAAGCCAGCUGCAGAAUCCCCAGCGCCUGCAGACCUUGUGGACGCCCCCCCUCGUGCUUCCAGUGCUGCCCUGGAGUUUCUGCCUCCUCCACUGGACCAGGUGCAAGAGGAGGAAUGGGAAGCAGAAAGGAUGACUGAACAUGGGACACCAAAGCCCUUUCGAAAGGUAGACAGCAUCGCUUUUGGAGAAAGUCAAAGUGAGGACGAGCAGUUUGACAAUGACUUGGAAACUGACCCACCCAGUUGGCAGCAGCUCGUUAGCCGAGAGGUGUUGCUGGGACUGAAGCCCUGUGAGAUCAAAAGGCAGGAAGUGAUUAAUGAAUUAUUUUACACUGAAAGAGCUCAUGUUCGAACACUAAAGGUUCUUGAUCAAGUGUUCUACCAGCGAGUAUGCAGAGAAGGAAUUCUGUCACCUUCAGAACUAAGGAAAAUUUUUUCAAACUUGGAGGAUAUUCUUCAACUUCACAUUGGGUUGAAUGAGCAAAUGAAGACUGUUCGAAAGAGGAAUGAGACCUCUGUUAUUGAUCAAAUUGGGGAAGAUUUGCUGACCUGGUUCAGUGGGCCCGGGGAGGAGAAGCUGAAGCACGCUGCCGCCACCUUCUGCAGCAACCAGCCCUUCGCCUUGGAAAUGAUCAAAUCUCGUCAGAAAAAGGACUCUCGGUUCCAGACGUUCGUGCAGGAUGCUGAGAGUAACCCACUGUGCCGGCGCCUGCAGCUGAAGGACAUCAUUCCCACCCAGAUGCAGAGGCUCACCAAGUACCCUCUCCUCUUGGACAAUAUUGCCAAGUACACAGAGUGGCCAACAGAAAGGGAGAAGGUGAAGAAAGCAGCUGAUCACUGUCGUCAGAUCUUAAAUUAUGUAAAUCAGGCUGUCAAGGAAGCAGAAAACAAGCAGCAUUUAGAGGAUUAUCAGCGCCGCCUUGACACCUCCAACCUGAAGCUGUCCGAGUACCCAGACGUGGAAGAGCUCAGGAAUUUGGAUUUAACAAAAAGGAAGAUGAUUCAUGAAGGACCAUUGGUUUGGAAGGUGAAUAGAGAUAAAACUAUUGAUCUGUAUACAUUGCUGCUGGAAGACAUCCUUGUGUUGCUACAAAAGCAGGAUGAUAGGCUGGUGUUACGGUGUCACAGUAAGAUUCUGGCAUCCACAGCUGAUAGCAAGCACACAUUUAGCCCUGUCAUUAAGCUGAAUACAGUGCUGGUUCGACAAGUGGCCACAGAUAACAAAGCUUUUUUUGUCAUCUCCAUGUCAGACAAUGGAGCCCAAAUCUAUGAGCUGGUGGCACAGACAGUUUCGGAAAAGACUGUCUGGCAGGACCUAAUCUGUAGGAUGGCCGCGUCGGUGAAGGAGCCGUCCACAAAGCCAAUCCCAUUACCACAGUCUUCUCCUUCGAGUGAAGGAGACAAUGACGAUGGUGAGCCUCCCAAAUUGAAGGCGGAGCCUCAUGGCGUUUCAGUCGCUGGCCUGCAGAGUCCAGACAGAGAUUUGGGAUUAGAGUCUCCCUUACUAUCAUCAAAACCUCAGUCUCAUCCACUGGGCACUUCUGGGAAAGCAGAGGCAGACGAACUCUCUGUGGCAGAGAGGCGGUUUGCACAGGCGCAGCACGCAGAGCGAGCUGUCAAGGAAGCAGGAGUCAGUGACCAAAUCACAACCCCAGACCCAUAUGUGCCUGUCUCGGAAGAGCGGUGGGCGUUGGACGCACUGAGGAACUUGGCCCUGUUGGAGCAGCUGCUGGCACAGAAGCUGAGUCUGGCUGAGAAGAGCACUCAGGAAGAUUGGCCACAUUUUUCAAGAUGCAGGACGGCCUUCCCGGGGGUGCAGGCAGACAGUGGAACCCAGAACUUUGAAAUUAUGAAGUCCUGUCCUGGUCAAAGACAGAUGCCCUUGAGAGCUGGAGCAGGUGGCCUUUCAACGUGCAACAGUCCACGGGCCUCAGCGGACUCUCCUGCUCCACGGGACCCCGUGGUCCCGGCAUUGCAGGAGGGCCAGGCAGGUAGUGUUGCGGUGACGGGCCACACACCUGUUCCCCUGGAGGCUCCUCCUGCAGAGCCGGAAGGCGGUCUUGAUGAGAGUGGGGAGCACUUUUUUGAUGCCCAUGAAGUACACAGUGAUGAUAAUCCAUCGGAGGGUGAGGGAGCAGUUAAACAGGAAGAGAAGGACGUUAACGUACUCAUCUCAGGAAACUAUUUGAUCCUCGAUGGCUAUGAAGCCGUGCAGGAGAGCUCCACCGAUGAGGAGGGCGCUGCCUGGCUCCCUCCGCAGCCCAGGACGGGCCUCCCCGCCGUGGACCCUGCCCAGCAGCAGCGGCCCUCUUCCCAGAAGGCUCUUUCCGACGGGGCCGUGUCACCAUUCACCCCAGAGCCCUUGGCCCCGCAGCGCUGGGGAGCCCUGGAGGGGGCCUGCUUUGAGAUCCAGAGUCCCACAGACUCCCAGAGCCGGGUCCUGGAGUGCAUCCGCAAGAUCGAGGCUGCCCUCGAGCACUUAAAGAAGGUGGAGGAAAGUUAUACCAUUCUUUGCCAAAGGCUGGCUGGGUCAGCCCUCACAGACAAACACUCAGAUAAAAGCUAGAGCUGCACGUCCUGGAGGUGGUUGGAGUUUGAGCAUCAGCACAUCCUGGCCCCGGUGUGGAGGGAGAGAGAGUGACAGAGGGUCUGCCUGGGAAGCUUCGGCACUGGCCUGUUCAAGCCCAGAGCAGGACUGUCCUUCCCAGUCGGCAGCUGCCCUGCUGUCCGCGAGGGAACCUCCGCUCCGCACUCUGCGCGCCUCACGACCAGAAACUCAUUUUGAUUCAGAACAAAAACCAAAUGCAGAGAGCUCUGGGUGUCGUGUAUGAAACUUUAUUUAGACCUAAGAAAAUGAGAAAAUCAGAUGUAUUUAUUUGACUUCAUUCCACAUUUGAAAGCACAUUUUAAUUUCUAUCUUGCUGUGUUUUAAUUAUGUAGUGAGACUUUUGUCCCUUUAUAUUUAGUUCACCAAAGACCAGUGGCUCCUGAAGCAGAGAGCUCAGGAGGGGUGGCAGGAGGUUGGGUGGAAAGAGAGCAGCCGGGGGAGGAGCACCCAGCCUUCCACUGUGUCUAGCCUCUGCUGCCCAGUGGCUGCUCCCACCUGACCUCAAGGCAGAGCCGGGCCUGUGCUCCUGUGCUCCCCAGGGGGGCAGAGUGCAGGGCCCCCUCCCCUCCGAGGCCACCACUGCGCUCCCGCUGGGAUAACUGAACCAGAGCCUCGUGUGCUACAAGCAGCCACUGGGAAUGGGUGUGUUUUCUUCUGUGGUUUUCUUUUCCAUUGAGGGUUGGGAUUUGGGCGGGAAAGGAAAGCAAAUUUUAUUUUCUUGACUAUAAAUUUGUUUUUCUUAA